CCGAGCAGAACGGUGUGCGAUUCAUAUUGCCGACCGUCCGACAGCAAGAAGAAGACUGUUCACCACAUAAUAUAAUAUCAUCGCUGCACAGCGACAUCACAAUUAUUCUUUUGAGUUUAUUCGUUUUUAUUUUUUCAUUGGAUUACGAUUUUCACCGCUCGUUGACGAUAUGUUGCUGAAGAUAACGCCGUUUUUGGCGGCGGCGAUUUUGUGCUGCGCAGCAGUCACUGUAAAAGAAGCAGACAAACCAACAGAAACGCCAAUCGAUAAACGGAGCUCAGCCAACGGUUACGGUUCUUACGUCGGUGGUUAUGCUCCGGCCACGGAUUACGGUGCGGCGGCCGUUCAGGACGGCGCUGUAGCUUACCAGUACGCCGCAGCGGCUCCGAUCGCCACAGGCCAAUACGGAGCGGGUCAAUACGCUGCAGUCCCGGCGGCUGCUCCUAUAGGUGCUCUAGUGGUACCCGCCAACCAGCUGUUCUAUCCACAACCGCAAGCGUACGGAUACUCGUCAGCCGCUGCUUACACCGCUCCGCUGACUUCGGUGGCUUACAACACCUAUCCGGCCACGACUUACGGCUUCCAGUCGCCCUCUUACAGCGCCGGCGGUCAGUCGUCCUCUUACAGCGCCGGCGGUCAGUCGCCCGCUUACAGCGCCGGUCAAUCGCCCGCUUACAGCGCCGGCCAAUCGUCCGCUUAUAGUACCGGUCAAUCAUCCACCUACAAUGCCGGCGGCCAGUCUGCCGCUUACAGUGCCGGUCCGUCGACUGCUUACGGUUCCGGUCAAUCCGCUUCCGCUCCUGCUUACAGCUCACCGCCCGUCGCUUCGUACAGCGCAUUGUCCUCGGCACCUUACAAAUCGAGACCCGUGUCUUUCAGCAAACCGGAAACUGAUUCGCAAACUUACUCAGCGCCAUCAUACCAAACGUCCCCAGGACUAGGCAAUUACGUUUCUUCGACCUUUAAGACUAAUAAGUAUCCAUCGUACUCGCCUUCCUCCUACCCGUCUACGUCAAGCGAAUAUUACGCAGCACAGCAGUCGUACGGAUCACCGUAUAAACCCAGCAGUUACCCAUCCUCUUCUUACCCGUCUGACAACUCCUACAACAAAUUCAAAUACUUGCCGCAGAGUGCGUUGUACGGUGGAUCAUUGUACAAACCAUCCCCGUCCGCCCACUACAAACCAUCGUCAUACGAUGUAUCUGGCUCGUCUUACGGACAAUCGUCCUAUCCAUCUUCACCACAGAAGUACAGUAGCUCUCCUUCUUAUAUCAGUAACUCAUCCCCGUACAGUGGUGGCUCUGCUUCGUACAGUGGUGGCUCUUCUUCAUACGGCGGUAGCUCUCCCUCAUACGGUAGUAGCUCUCCAUCAUACAGCGGUAGCUCUCCAUCAUACAGUGGUAGCUCUCCCUCAUAUGGUGGUUCAUCUCUGUACGCUGGUAGCUCUCCUUCUUAUAGUGGUAGCUCUUCUUUGUAUAGUUCACCGUCCCCGUACAAACCAUCGUAUGGGCCUUACAAAUCGUCACCCCUAUACAAGUCACCACACGGAAGUUCCAGUCUUGCAUACGAAACAGAAUCAUUAUCCAUUUAUAAGAAGUCUCCUUAUUCUAGCGGAUAUUCUAGCGAAUCGUCUUACGAAGGAUCUUCAUCUCCGUACAAAUCUUCAACUUAUGAAGGUCCAUCAUCUUCUUAUAAGUCGUCACCAACUUAUUCAUCCGGUUCAUUCAAACCAAUCGUUUCUUCCUACCCUCAUAAUGAAUACGAAUCACCGUCAUCUUCUCUUUACAGUUCUAAGCCAAGUUCAUACGAAUACAGUUCUAAGCCAAGUUCUUACGAAUACAGUUCUAAAUAUUAACACUAAUACAAUGUUCCUUUUUUAGGUAUUUAAUUUUUUUGAUAAAAGACGUUUAGAUUGUAUAUUUAAAUUUGAAA